AUGGUUAGAUGAAUAGAUUAGACUACUAGACGGAACUCACUCUGUGAUUGGACGAUGCGAUCAGCAGCAGCAGAGUAGCCUGUACAGCUGGACAUGUCUGUGUUGUAUACACUAUAUACAGUACUGCCGGUUAUGACAACACAUCUUGGUAUCCUGCUGUUAUAACAAUAGAAAUUACUACUAAACUUGAAAAGAAACGUUAUUUUAAGAUAGGGCUUUUCAAAAGAACAGCGACUUCUUGUCCACCGUACAGGGUGAGGAGGGUUAAGAAGCGGUGGUGUCGCGUUGUUUCACAAACCAAGUUGAAACGUGCUAGUUAUGGCUACAUUGCGCCCAAUUAAUUUGUCUGCGAGUUCAUCAAAGCGUCUUCUCUGAGGGUUAAUGGGUUCUAAGUUAACCAGACCAAGUAGCCUGGACAUUGACGGCCAAUUGUCCAAGAGGAGACGUCCGAGGACGGAGGGAUGCGGAGACUCGGGGAGAAGUGCAGGCGGAGGUGGAGCAGGCUUCGCGUUCCCGUACCUCACGCUCCGGUCGGACAAGCUCCCAGGGUUGCUGCGGAAAACCAACCAUAGUCCGUACGUGCGACGAGUCGCCUGGAUCCGUGAGAUGCAAACCCUUCUGGGCGACCAGAAGACGGAGCAGGCAGCCGAAGUGCUGACAUUGUUGAGAAAGGAUCUGGGCCUCCAGGCGACGUCCCUCAACCACAUCUUGUACAAAAACGCAGCUUUCCUCCACCUGGUGGACCCCAUCUCCCACGAACUGCUGCUCCACCUCGCCAGGGACAUGCACUGCCCGAAAAGGGAGGGGGAGUCCUUAAAGUCCACCAACAAGAUGUGCAGACAGCUGAUGUUCCACCUGACGCCUCACUCCAAGUGGACUCGACAAAGCGUGCCGCGGAGGAAGCCUCAGGCCUGCCUAAAGACCACCUUGGACAAGAAGCCGUCGGGCGACGUCGUCAACCUGUCGGGGACCCCCCUCUCGGGCCGGGACCUCCGGCGCCUGGCCCGCCACCUGCAGGGCGCGAGCGCGGCAGGCGGGGCCGGCGAGGGGACGGUGUCGGCCGUGGACCUCAGCUUCACGGAGCUGCGGGACGAGGGGCUGCGGCUGCUGCUGCCCGGCCUGGCCGGCCUGCCGGGUCUCACCACGCUGGCCGUCAACGGCAACCGGCUGACGGCGGCCGUGCUGAAGGACCUGUCGGAGGCCCUGAAGGACGCGGGCCGCUUCCCCAGCCUGGCCUGGGUGGACCUGGGCAACAACGUGGACAUCUGCACCGUGCCCCAGCCCCUGCUGGUGGGCCUGCGCCGGCGCUACGGCCUGCGCGGCAGCCUGCCCACCAUCCACGAGCGGUGCCACGGCGACCCCAGGACGACGGCAGGAGAGGCGGGUCUCCGGGAGGAGGAGGAGAGGGAGGAGGAGGAGGAGGAGAGGGAGGAGGAGGAGGAGGAGGAGGAGGAGAGGGAGGAGCAGGAGAGAGGUGAAGAGGAGGAUUUGGGGAGGGGCGGAGCAAACUGUAUAGCGGUGAGACUCAGUUAAAGGUCAUUUGUGUCGCUUUUCUUUUUGUAAUUGUUUUUUAUUUAUUAUUGAGUUUUCUAUAGUUUUGUAAUCAGUCUGUGGUCAGACAACCGGUCCGACAUCCAGUCGGUCGGACAGACAUCAAAGCGCAUCAACAGAGGACAUCCAGUCUGCCAGUAGCAAGUCAACAGACGCCAUCCAGUCGGCCAGCCAGCAUGUCAAGAGGAAGAGUGGUAUGAGACUGUGUGCCAGGAAGACCUCAGUGAGGAAAGGAUACCUCAGUAAUGGAUUGUGCAUGUCCUUGUUUCUUCCAAUAGGGUUGGGCACAACAACUUUUUCAUUAUGUGCCGCCCCCCUUUUUUGUUGAGAACUAAUUAAAAAGAAGCGUUGGUGAGAAACAUACAGUUGUCUCUGAUGCUGAGUAAAAAGGUUGUGGUGUUUCCCCUUACAGCCGCACACACACACGUACAAACAAAUCAAAGGCCACUUAAGCUCUGGCUGGUCAGCCUCAGAACCACACCACAGAAUCAGUUCCUCCGAAAGAGAGAAGAAAUUAAAUGGCAGAGGAAUAAGCACUUUUGUUGCUGCAAAAGAGACAAGCUUGGUGCAGCAUGAAAGAAUAAAGUAUUUUAUUGAAAUGACUCUGAAUGACUCUCAAAUGUUUUUUAUAUGAUAUUAUAUAUAUGGCUCAUUAUAUUAUAUUAUAUAUACUGUUGAAAUGUUGUAAUGUUUGUAAUCUUGCAUGGCAUGUUAUCCUGUAUCCAUCUGUUUUGCCCAGAAAUAGAGUAUGUGUUUAAAUGGAUAUAUAAGCACCGGAGAAAAAUACAUUGAGAUAAGCUAUGGCUCUCAUGUAUUGAAGCAUGUGAAUACUAUGAUGUGUUUACGACAACGGCUGUAGGUUCUGAUAUUUAUGUUAUUAUUUAAUGUCUGAAUAUGAAUGACAUGCUGAUCAUUUUGAACAAAGUGGAGAAUGGAAACACAUUAUACUGCCAACAGAUAUUGUUAGGGUGCAAAUAAAUUCUUUUGUAAUGGUAAUGUUA